GCUGGAAAGCUAUUCUCCAUUGUAAACGGAAAGAAUAUGGACAACUCAUGGUUCCGCUCUGGAAAAAUGUCAAUUCUCACAUAACUGCCCAAUGAGCAAUUAUUUUCCUGGUGGUCGCGAGAAGAUAGCAGUGCCUGAAAACAACAAGAGCGUCAAAAGUAUCGCUAGGUGGUAGCCUACUUUUCUUAACGCCGAGGCUGAACACAAUGCCACAUUUCUUGUGGCCAGAGCCGCUGUCAGCCGCACAACUCAAGCGGUUAGAUGAGCACAAAUACAGCGCCUCGGGACGAUCAUUAUUCGAACCUCUAUGUCAGGUAUAUUGGAACUGGCUGGUCCAACAAAUUCCCACCUGGAUAGCGCCUAAUACCUUGACUAUAAUUGGCCUGGUUGUGAAUAUAGUCACAACCGUAGUGCUGGUGUUUUACUGUCCAACGGCAACAGAAGAGGCUCCGUCAUGGGCCUUUAUCCUGAGUGCGUUGGGCCUGUUCAUCUAUCAGUCACUGGAUGCGAUCGAUGGCAAGCAGGCCAGAAGGACCAAUAGUAGCUCUGCGCUGGGGGAGCUCUUUGACCAUGGCUGUGACGCCGUCUCCACAGUGUUUGUUGCUGUGGGAACAUGUAUAUCCUGUGGGAUAGGAAGCUACCAUAAUUGGAUGUUCUUCUGCGGCUUUGUUGGGAUGUUCAUGUUCUUCUGUGCACAGUGGCAAACCUACGUUUCCGGAACGCUGCGCUUUGGUCUGGUUGAUGUGACCGAGGUCCAGAUUGCCAUCAUUGUCAUGUAUUUGAUGUCAGCUUUUGGUGGAGUGGCCCUUUGGGACUGCAGGUUGCCUGUCCUCGGUGUGAAGCUGCUCACCUUCCCCAUCAUGGGAAUCAUUGGUGGAGCCCUGUUCUCCUGCUACAACUACUUCUACGUCAUCCUCAACGGGGGGGUCGGCAAAAACGGCUCUACCGUCGCUGACACCAGUGUUCUGACCCCAGGUAUGCACAUCGGCCUAGUCCUCACAUUGGCCUUCAUCAUCUUCAAGAAGUCAUCCAACAAGCUGUUCGAGCUGCACCCCUGCCUCUACAUUCUGACCUUCGGCAUGGUCAUUGCCAAGAUCUCCAACAAGCUAGUUGUGGCCCACAUGACCAAGAGUGAGCUUUAUCUCCCAGACACAGCUUUCAUCGGGCCUGGCCUUCUCUUUCUCAACCAGUACUUUAAUGGCUUCAUCGAUGAGCACAUAGUUCUCUGGAUUGCCAUGGUCCUGUCGUUGGCUGACUUGACACGCUACUGCACCGGGGUCUGUAUCCAGAUCGCCUCCCACCUGCACAUCCAUGUGUUCAGCAUCACGGCGCAGGCCGGACCCAAACGCGACUGACAUUUUGCCCGGCGGGAGGAGGGGGAGGCCGAGGACGCCGCCCCACUACUGAAAGCAGACGAUAACCAAGGUAUCGCCUCUACCCAAAACCACAUCAGCCUUGACACAGUCUCCACCUCUGACUAAAGUCCAUCCUUAAUAACCACAGGUUAAUGAAAGGAUUGACAUCCCCACCCCUGACUAGAGCCCUUUAAAGGGUUAAAACACUAGAUGGGUGCGGUGCAUCUCAUCAAAAAAUUCCUUUCAGGGACUAAAUUAUACACUAUUGGUAAAAGCUUCAAUACAUUUUAGACAUAUCAAAUCAUGUUUAUUUUCUCAUAAAGACAAUGCUUUGUUCCCAAACUAAAAUUUUGUUGCUGUCAAAUUUUGUUUUGACUGAAAAACUAUAACAUUCCUGUAAUGGCAAUUUCAUGUACUUCUAGUAGAUAGACAGUAGAAUAGUAGAAAAGACUGUUUUUAAGCAACAUAACAAUCAACCAGUGUGAUUACACAAUUAAGCUAUUUGAUCUUUGUCCAAAUUGGUAUUGUAACUUUUCAAAUAAUUUUAUAAUCAUUCAUUUUUAUGGAAUGUGUAAAGGAAUGUGACCCAAUCUGACAUUAAAUGAACUCCAUCAGGGAUAGAGCUAAAUACAAAAUAAAUCAACCUUUCAACCUCGGAUAACUCCCAAAAUGUUUAUGUAGAAUGACUUAUGAGGUAUGGUACACUAAUUGUCAAGGACUGUAGGUGAUAAGGGCCAAGGGUCUGGGUUAACACUGAAAACAGUGACAUAUAUUCUACAUGGGCUUCCAUCCAACCGUGUUUCCCUAGCUGUAGUCCCUCAAGAUAACACUAUAUCAGCAUCACUGCCUUUUUUCACUCCCUCAACUCUACUCCAACUGAAGCCCUUGUAGAAUAAUGUCAGUGGUUGAUGAUUGGUUAAUGCCAAAAAACCCUUCUGCUUUCAACAUUAUUCUCCCUAAAGGGCUACUUUUUUGUGAUUGUACAUAAUUCUGUUUGAUGCCUUAAGUUUAUUUUAAUCUUUAUUUUAUUGACAUUUAUGUGGAAAUUUGAAGCAGUUGAGGAACAAGUGCACAUUUUCUUGUUUUUUCUUUUUCUGCAUCAAUUGCAGUGUAAUUAUGGAACCAGUAUUUAUGAUUAACGUUGAUGUAUCUGACAUGUUACACUAGCUAAGAAAUAAUGUUGUACUGGAACUUGUUUUACUGUUUAUAAUUCUGUACAAAGCAAUGUGCUCUUUUUCGUCACACAUUUGUAGAAACACAACAUGUAUAGGGUGUGUGUUAGGUACUUAACUCAUUGUGAUUCUUGUGGAAAUGAUUCAGCUUCAGGUUAGACAGACUGGGAAUGUUUCUGGAAGAGGUGUCGAGUGGAUGUAUUGUUUCAGGGAUAUCUCCCCCCGUAAUCAUGUUAAUUUAAUUACGUGAACUCCCUACUUCAGGUGUAUGCCCACCAUACCAUAAAGUACAUCAUGUACCUUUAAAGGACAUUCUCAUUUGCAGAUUGUGGGUAAAAUUCUAAUGAGUCUUUGUAACAUUUGUGACUUUCAGUCUAGAAAUGACAGCCAGCCAACCUUUGCAGAUAACCACCAGUUGUUAUACAAUCAGGGUUUUACCUCCAGGUGAACUUUGAAACUAUGCACUGAAAGGCCACAUGCUAAAAUUUCACAUUGUAUUGCACUGUUUAACAAUACAAGUAAAACAUCUUUGUACUAACAACUAUUUAGUUAAUGAUUGUAAUAAAUAA